AUGCUUACUUUUUAUAAACAUUUAUUCCUGCACAGAAUCGCCAGUGUCUCCAAGAUCUUUCCAACCCUUAUGCUGUACAAGAUGUGGGAGGAAGGGAAAGUCACAUCUCUGGAUGACCCUUUGGAACGUUACGCCCAGAACUUUGCUAUUAAAAACCCUUUGGGAAGGUUCAGGGAAUCAGAACAGAGAUACACAGCAGAUGGGCUGAUCUUUGUGGAAAAAGGUUCGAUGCCACUUAAGCCAUCGCCUGUUACCUUGCGCAGAAUGGCCAGCCAGCUCUCAGGUCUCCCCAGGAGGCUGCGAUCUACCAGCCUGCUGUGGAAGGGCAACACACAAGAAGCUCUGGCUCUCCUGAAGGAUGAUGUCUUGGUGGCUGAUCCUGGAACCAGAUGCCACUACAGCAAUUUGGCCUUCUCUCUGAUGGCACACGUGCUAGCUGACCACGCAGCUGACGGACAAUACCAGCGAUGGAUCUCGGAGAACAUCCUGGACCGCCUGGGCAUGGAGGACACUGGCUUUGACAUCACACCACCCAUCCGCUCCCAGAUGGCGGUGGGUUUCUACAGCAGCCAGCAGCCAGCCCCUCUCUACGACCUCGGCUGGUACAGACCUUCUGGACAGAUGUACUCUACAGCUGCUGACCUUGCCAAGCUGGCAAUGGUGUUUUUAGGCACCUAUCACCGUCGUCUCCUAGAGCCUGACACAGUGAAGACAAUGCUGACACCUCUGUUUAAAUGCUCCACUGAAUACUUUGCCAACAAGACUGGAACGCCCUGGGAGAUUAACGAGCAAUUGGGAUAUGAUGUCAUUAGGAAGGAUGGAGACCUUGAUGGCUAUUCAGCUACUUUCUCACUGAUCCCCAAGCUCCGCCUGAGCUUCAUUGUACUGAUGGCUGGGCCCAGGCCUCAGGGUGGAGAUCUUGUGACCCAGACAUACGAGUAUCUCAUCACUGCCAUGGAGACUGCGUUCAGAGAGGCAGAGAAAACACUGACUCCUCCCCCAAGCCCAGUCCCUUUUGUUGGCUAUUACACCUAUUCCAACCUGACUUUCUAUGAGAUCAAAGUUGGACGCGGUGGGGUGCUGGUCAUGCAGCAGUUUGGGCCUCAUGCUGAAGAGCUGAUCCCUGAGAAAUAUCGGACAAUCAAGCUCCAUCAUCUGGAAGAUCGCGUCUUCCAAGUUGUGUUUGACAAGGAGUUCCCGUGUGUUCUGCAUCUGGGCUCUGCCUCCAUCUCACUGGAGACCCAGAAUGGGCAGCUCUUUAAUUUUUAUCCAUUUGAUCGCAAGGGUUUGUCUCCUGGCUUUGAUGCACCAGGGCUGAACACAUACAACGUGGUGCGUGUGCUUCGUAAACCUGUAUUCUAUAGCUAA